AAAAAAUCUUAUUACCAACUUAAAUCAAGCAAUCACAAAAUUUACUUGUCAAAAAAUUAAAAUGAAACGAAUGCCUAGUACAAAUUCCAUUAAGAAAAUAGCCUCAUCUUUAAGGCCUAAAUCAAGUAAGACCAAAAGUAUCGAAUCAACUAAAAGUAAAAGUGCCGAAUUAACGAAAGAAUCCAAAGAACACGUAUUAGUGGUGAAGAGAGACUUUAUAAGUGCGCCAAGAAUAUCGUAUCGAACCGUAUCGGGAGUAAACGGGCCUUUGGUGAUAAUGGAAAACAUUAAAUUUCCGAAAUUCGCGGAAAUCGUCGAGUUAAAAUUGCGUGAUGGUACAACGAGGUGCGGCCAAGUUCUGGAAGUUUGCGGAUCGAGAGCGAUCAUUCAAGUUUUUGAAGGAACAACGGGUGUUGACUCGAAAAACACAAUUUGCGAAUUUACCGGGGAUAUUUUACGCAUGCCCGUAUGCGAAGAUAUGUUAGGAAGGAGUUUUAAUGGAUCUGGAAAACCCAUCGAUAGCGGUCCUCCGAUUUUGGCGGAAGACCAUUUGGAUAUUCAAGGACAACCGAUUAACCCGUGGGCGCGAAUUUAUCCGAAAGAAAUGAUCCAGACUGGAAUAAGCGCGAUUGAUGUCAUGAAUUCGAUCGCUCGCGGGCAAAAAAUCCCAAUCUUUUCCGCAGCCGGGCUCCCCCACAAUGAUAUCGCAGCGCAAAUUUGUCGCCAAGCCGGGUUGGUAAAACACGAAGGUCGGCCGCCUGUCCGAGAUGAUUUCGCGAUCGUUUUUGCUGCGAUGGGGGUGAAUAUGGAAACGGCGCGAUUUUUUAAGCAAGAUUUCGAGGAGAACGGAACGAUGGAGAAUGUUUGUUUGUUUUUGAAUUUGGCGAAUGAUCCAACGAUUGAGAGGAUUAUCACGCCGCGUUUAGCGCUAACCGCGGCUGAGUUUUUGGCUUAUCAAUGUGAAAAGCAUGUUUUGGUGAUUUUGACGGAUAUGUCAUCGUAUGCGGAGGCUUUGAGGGAGGUUUCGGCGGCGAGGGAGGAAGUUCCCGGGAGGAGAGGAUUUCCUGGUUACAUGUAUACGGAUUUAGCUACGAUUUAUGAGAGAGCUGGUCGGGUGGAAGGACGAAAUGGCUCGAUAACCCAAAUUCCCAUCUUAACAAUGCCUAACGACGACAUAACCCAUCCCAUUCCCGACCUAACCGGCUACAUAACCGAAGGUCAAAUUUACGUGGACCGCCAAAUGCACAACCGACAAAUUUACCCCCCAAUAAACGUGUUACCCUCGCUUUCUCGGCUAAUGAAAUCGGCGAUUGGUGACGGAAUGACCCGAAUCGAUCACUCGGACGUUUCGAAUCAAUUAUACAGUUGUUACGCGAUUGGAAGAGAUGUCCAAGCGAUGAAAGCGGUUGUUGGAGAGGAAGCUUUGACCCCCGACGAUUUAUUGUAUUUAGAGUUUUUAAUGAAAUUCGAAAAGAAUUUUAUUGGGCAAGGAACUUACGAGAAACGCACGAUUUUUGAGUCCUUAGAUCUGGGAUGGCAAUUAUUAAGGAUUUUUCCGAGAGAGAUGUUAAAAAGAAUUCCUUCCGCGGUUUUAGACGAAUAUUACCCAAGACGCUAGAUUAAUUAAGAUUUGAUAUAAUAAUAAUAAUUCAAAUAAACAUUUAUUUUUAUUGUUUACAAACUCCUAAUAAUAUGUUGCAAACGGGGCAGUAAUGCUCGACUUUUUGGCAACGUUUCAUAACGUAGGGGAGACAAACGCAAGGCCAACAUCUAAAACAUUAAGAAAGAUUAAAAAAGUUAAUUGAUUAAUUAA